CGGCAGGACGACGACGGUCUUCGCACAUCGGUGUGAGAGCGCAUGCGAAUCGGACAAGACAUGCGCGGGACAGACGGCGAUCUGUUUUUUCAAGCGAGGACACAGAAAGUGACUGCACAUCUACAGAGAUUCCUUUUUGUCUCUGCCUUGCGAAAAGGAAGGUGUCUCUGUGCUUCUGUGUGGAGCAGCUGCUUCCCUCUUUCGCACCGAUCGAACAGAAAACAGCCACGAGGAAGCCGACCGGCCGCCGAAAGUCUUGCGUCAUUUUCUACUUCGCUUCGUCUCUCCUUUCUCUCCUCCGACGUGCGGUCUCUCCUGUCUCUCCUGUCUCUCCUGUCUCUGUCGGCGUCCUCUCUGCUGCGAGUCGUCCUCGUGACCUCCGAGGCGCGAGGCGAGAGAACCGAAGAGGAUUCCUGCACACAGAGACAAACACUGUGAAGCGAGGGCAGCGACGGCCCUCUCGAGGCGCGUCUCGCGGGGAAACGAAAAUGCUGGAGGCGAGGAACGCGUCGAGAGCCGACGCGGCGCGGGGACCGCUGCGCGGGACGCAGGGCGACGAACAGACGGCAGAGCGAAAGGAGACAGAGAGAGCGCGCGCUCAAGAAAACGCGGAUACCUUCAACACGAGGAGCGCGAAGAUGUCCGAGACCGUGGUGAAUAUGAGAGAGAAGGAGGGGAGAGAGAAAGGGGAGCAGAAAGAGAAGAAAGGUCAGGUCGCCGAAGAAAAGAAGGAGCGAAGAAGCGAGAGAGAGAGACCGAAAGAGAAAGACCUCAAAUCGCUGUUUGACAGCACCGACUCGGAUUGUCUCACCUCCCUCGAAACAGCGAAGCGGGCACUGCCAAAAGUGGAGAAGAAACAAAUGACCAUUCUUUCCUUCUUCUCACGGCCUUCGUCUUCAUCGGCUUCUUCUUCACCGCCUUCUUCUUCACCGCCUUCUUCCUUCUCCUCGUCUUCUUCUGCAUCUUCGCCUUCUCUCCUCUUCCGGGUGCCGUCUGCUCUGUCGCGAGCCGCGUCGUCCACGCACACAACUGAGAAGCGGCCGACAGGGCCUGUCGACGAGAAGGAAGAGAAGAAGCUUCUGAAGAGACGCCGCGUCUGCGCCAGCGAAGAGACCGACGCGUUGCAGGGAUGCGCUCGAUCCUUUCUCGCGGGCAUGAGGGAAGCUCCUCGAGCAGGUAGCGCUUCCGAGGCGAAUUCCAAAGGAGAAAUGUCCAGAGAUGCAAACGUCGAUUCCCUUCAUACUCCGCGCCUUGUUGAAGAACACCGGAAACGUCGACGAACUCGUCUCAUACAGGAACAUCGAGCCCACAACUCAUCCUCCUCUUCCUCUUCGUCCUCUUCUUCCUCCUCUUCCUCUUCUUCCUCCUCUUCGUCUAGUGAGAAGAUCGAACUGUCUCCAGUUGGACUGUCAGAUUUGCCGGAAGAACUGCUUCAGCAAAUUCUCGACUGCUGUCCUAAGGAGUGUCUCCUGGUCUCUCAUGCACUUGCGGCGGCUGUGCGUCGAAGACGGCGCGUCCUGCGUCUGACGCCUCUCCAGUGUACGGAGCCCAGAGCUGAGCAGUUUCUCUCUGCCAUUAGGAGCUAUCCGCAGCUGCGCCUGUUGGAGAUCGUCAACGCGCCUUGGCUCUCUGCUCGCUUUAUUGAGAAUUGGGCAAACAGCAAAAGUUCCUACUUUCCUCAGCGCCUGGAGGUUUUCGUCCUCCGCAAAUGUCCACGCCUCACCAGCCGUCUCGCGCGGGUCUUAACUACCAGACUGCGUCGUCUUCGGGCCAUCGAUCUGCAAGACAAUUCCUCUCUCGACUAUACUUCUGUUGUUUACCUCCGAACGCUGCCCUUCUUGGAGCGAGUCGCCUUGGGUGUGAGUCCGAGCAACACCCGGGGGACGUCGGCGCAUUGCAAUCUCACUCUCUGUGCUCUUCUGGGACCUCCCUCUUCGUCUCCAACUUUGCUACCGUCGUCCACCUCAAGCGUUCUUUCUUCGUCUUCUUCCUCGAGCCUCGCUUGCUCGAGUGCUUCGUCUUCGGUUUGUCCGUCAACCUCUACUUCUCCCCCGUCGUGUCUGCCUUCUCCCAAUUCGACUCCUGUCUCUUCUUCUUCCUCUUCUCCGCGUUCUCCUCCCUCGUCUCUUCGCUGGAGUGGGGAGAAGGGAGAGGGGAGAGAGGGGGAGGAAAACGAGAAGCGCGGCUCUGGCUCUGCUCUUCCUCGCAGUAAGGACGAGGCCGGUGCAGGCCAAGCGGUGCGCGAGCAGCGAGGCGAGACUCGGGCCGUAGACCUGCUGGAGAAGGCGCAGAAGCAGAAGCAAGACCAGACUGCUGGAUCCUCUUCGCCGCCUCUCAAGCUUCUCUCUCUCGCCAGAUGCGCCGCUCUCUCGUCUCUCGCCCCGCUGAUAAACGUCGCGUCCACGCUCGAGUUUUUGGAUCUUCGCGGGUGCUGCGCGCUGGACGACUCGAGCGCCGCCGUCCUGGCUUCGCUGGCGAAUCUCCAAGUUCUUGUUCUUUCGGACACGGGAGUGACGUCGACGACGGUGGCUGCAGUGGCCGAGAACUGUCGCAGGUUGGAGAUGCUGGACGUCAGCCGAAUUUCGCGGUUUUCCAAAGAAGCGGCGCUGCUUCUUCCUCUCCACCUGCUGCGACUCACGCGCCUCAAACUCACGAAAAACAGCGCUGUAGACGACGAAGUUGUUCGGGACUGCCUGUCUCGCCUCAAGCGUCUCGCCCUCCUCGACGUCUCCCACUGCUGGCGCGUGACGUCCGGAUUCUGUGUGCCGCCGCUUCCUCAGAAUCCAGACGGCAUGUCUCUGAGGCGACUCGGUCUCUUUGGAUGUAACGUGGAGAGGCAGAGAGUGCAGGACGCCUUGAGAGACGCAGGCGCCGCGAAAGUCCAGCUGUCGCUCCAUCACGAGUUGCCGAUGUUCGACCUGCCUUGCGUCUACUCCAACCUCCCCAACCUCGACCUCCGCUGUCGAACGUUCAUCGAAGGAUGCUAAACGCGUUCCGUUCUUCAAACAAUUUCCGAAGCGACACUCAAAGGUUUCAGAGAAAACUCAAACAAGAAAGAAGCAAAUCCACAUGCAGCCGCAUGCAGCCGUGCUUCCGGCGAUAUAUAUAUAUAUAUAUAUAUAUAUCGAGGCAUACAUUUUUGUGAAUGUGUACUUUUGCAUGUGCAUCCGUGUAUUCAUGUCUCUGCAUAUACGUAGAUAGAGAUAUAGAUAUAUAUAUGGCUAUAGAUAUGCGAAUUUGUGUUUAUGUCUUCAUAUAUAUGUUCCAAGUGCAUCUGUUUCAACGUGGAUGUGUACAUGUAGACUGCCGCAUCUGCAUGCGCCUCGCGUUUUACAGCUGCGUAGGAACAUGCAUGUGAGGAGGCAUCCACUUUUAUAAGAAGGCCAAGGGGGUCGUCUUGUCUUUGCAGAACAACCGUUUAGAAACGCAGCCGAGUGCGAGACUGAAGAAAGAAGGCGAGGAAGAAAGGCUGGAUUUUCUUGAAUCCAAGCGCGCAUGCGUCACGAAAGUCUCUGUUCUUCGUAUGCAAGUCUUGUCGGACGUUUAUGCACUUUGAGAAGAGGGAGGAGGUCACUUUUGCAUGCAGCGUAUCUCCUCUUGCUCGCGAAACGCGAGGGUCGACCGGCACAGCGUCGUCCUCCCCGGCGCGCUUGCUUCACUUUCCGGA